UACCGUGUAUUCUCAAUACUAUUCAGGAUACAGGAUACAGGAUACACGGAGUAAAAAUGAAUACUGGAGUCGUUCUGUUCAUCCUUGCAUCUCUCCUUGCUCAUUCUCAGGGAAGAGCCCGCUUACAGAAUACUUCUUCUAAUCAAAGGUUAAUUAAGGAAAUAAAGAAUUUGGCUCGAUACUCUCCAACCUCACUCAACAGGUUACCGCAAGAUGAUGAAGAAGGAGAAGAUCUAGAGCAGAGAACCAUGAUUUCUCCGAUACUCAGAGGAUACGCUGGUUUGAUUAAAGAAGAUGAAGAUGAUUAUGACGGGGAGGAAACUACAGGCGUUUUCUAUAGAUCUCUUCCUCGUAUUAUGAAUCUUCCAUCUCUGGGACUGAUUGCUCGUCCGCCCAAAUCCAGCGGAAGGGCCAGAUAUACCAAAAUCUACAGAGGCUCCAGAGGUCACUAGAGGUCAUUAGAGGUCAUUAGAGGUCAUUAGAGGCUUUCUAAUGUCAUUUGAGAUCAAUAGACAAUAUGUAUAAACAUUGGUAGACUGCAGUACAUUAAACUUAUUGUACAGUUCCUGUGUACAAACACAAAUUAUAUUUAUCCAUGAUUAUGUAUCUCUGCAUUAAAUCAGUCUAUAUUUGUAUAUUAUACAAUAUCGGAAUAAAGGUUGCAGUACAA